UCAUGGGCAGAAGAAGGAAAGCUGUAUAGAUAUAGACAGGAAGAGUAUAUAUGUAUAUGUAUAUAUGGUGAGAUAUCAGGAGGAAGUAAACACAUACAUUAUAACAGGAAGUUGCUAGACGGGAAGGGGGGCUUUCAAAGUGACAGCAUAUAGACACCUACAGCCAGAGAGGACCCUCGCCUCAGGUAUUAUCAUGUCUCAGAGCUCUGACAGUGACUCGCGUGUACAUCGCACUCUGCGUACGUUAUCAGGGGCCGCAGCUCAUCUGGCUACUAUUACCUUCACGGUGUACGUGAUUUGCGUGUCCCAGCCCGGCACAACUCUUUUCUCAUGGCACCCGUUCCUUAUGACUCUCGCAUUCUCCUUCCUGAUGACAGAGGCGAUCCUGGUUUUCUCUCCAGACACUUCUCUCUUCCGUUCCUUCUCUCGCAAAGCUAAAGUGCGAGUGCACUGGGCUCUUCAACUACUGUCUGUGCUCUGUGCAUUGCUAGGCUUUGGAAUCAUUUAUGCCAACAAAGUUCUACAGGACAAGCCGCACUUCUCAACGUGGCAUGGGCUUCUAGGAGGUCUGACCGUGCUGUGGGCUUUGGUUCAGAGCCUUGGAGGGGUGUCUUUACUCUAUCCCAAGCUGCUGCAACGUUGGACUUUGGCCACCCGCAAGCUCUAUCAUGCCACAGCUGGCCUGCUGGGCUAUCAACUUGGCUGUGCUAGUCUCCUUUUGGGCAUGUGCUCUCUAUGGUUCACGGCUUCAGUAACUGGUUUGUCCUGGUAUUUAUGUGCCUUGUGUCCCAUUUUUACUGGUUUGGUGAUUAUGAGCCAGGUAAGCAAUGCGUAUCUCUAUCGCAAGAGAAGCCAGCCUUAAGAACAGACGGCAGAGCAUUCAUCAGCUACCCCCCCUCAUGACAUUGCUGGAGAUCAGACAUGGCUGUCUUUUAUGAACAAACAUACAUAGUAUAAGGUCCAAUACUAUCCUAUGUAUGCUAUCCGAUGACUGGCACGCAAGAACUUAUGGAGAGUGGAGUUACUGUGGGUAAAAGUAACAUUUUUGUGUUUUGUUGGUUGAAAUACGCAGCCUGGCCAUGCCUCACUCGUUACAGAAUUUUACUGGAUUUUAUUGUAUUAUCCGUGGUUUAAAAUAAAAUAUUUUUUUAUAUUUAAA